GCUCAUCGCCAUUUUUUUCUAAAACCAAAAAAAGAAAAGGAAACGGAAAAAAUAAAAUAAAAAUAACCCUUCAAGAUUUUCUUCUCUCUCUCGUCGACUGUUUCACCCGAUCUGCAGCAAUUCAGUUGAUUGAUUGAAGAAAGUGAAGGAUCUUAUCCGAUUCCUCUCUUCCUCUUCCUGGACGAAGGAUACGGUUCAGGAGUGGCUUGAUAAAAGAUUUUGCAUUUCCGGUUGAAUUUGAUUCCAAAUUGACGAUGAAGAACACUGAGCGUCUCGCUAAUCUUGCUUUACUAGGUCUGACUUUGGCACCACUUGUUGUGAAGGUGGACCCAAAUUUAAAUGUCGUUUUAACUGCUUGCCUGACUGUUUUUGUUGGUUGCUUCCGAUCUGUGAAGCCAACUCCUCCAUCAGAGACGAUGUCUAAUGAACAUGCAAUGAGAUUUCCUCUGGUGGGCAGUGCGAUGCUGUUGUCAUUGUUCUUGCUUUUUAAGUUUCUAUCAAAGGACUUGGUUAAUGCUGUAUUGACAUGCUACUUCUUUGUACUUGGGAUCGUCGCUCUUUCCGCAACAUUGUUACCUGCAAUCAAACGGUUUUUGCCUAACCAUUGGAAUGAUGACCUGAUUGUUUGGCGCUUUCCUUACAUCCGCUCUUUGGAGGUUGAGUUUACAAGAUCACAACUUGUUGCUGCAAUUCCUGGAACGUUCUUUUGUGCAUGGUAUGCUAAACAGAAACAUUGGCUGGCAAAUAACGUGUUGGGGCUUGCUUUCUGCAUUCAGGGGAUUGAAAUGCUUUCUCUUGGCUCAUUUAAGACUGGUGCCAUUCUUUUGGUCGGACUUUUCUUUUAUGACAUUUUCUGGGUAUUCUUUACCCCUGUGAUGGUCAGUGUUGCCAAAUCUUUUGAUGCUCCUAUCAAGCUUUUGUUCCCAACUGCUGAUGCCACACGUCCAUAUUCAAUGCUGGGCCUUGGGGAUAUAGUAAUUCCUGGCAUCUUUGUGGCCUUGGCAUUGCGGUUUGAUGUGUCCCGAGGGAAUGGUAUACAAUACUUCAAGAGUGCUUUUCUAGGGUAUACUGUGGGUUUGGUCCUGACAAUCUUUGUCAUGAAUUGGUUUCAAGCUGCCCAGCCUGCACUCUUGUACAUUGUACCAGCUGUGAUUGGAUUUUUAGCUGCACAUGUAAUUUGGAAGGGAGAUGUAAAACCAGUAAGUUUUACUGUACUGAAUCUAUUCUCCUGAUCUAAAACACACGAUUUCUUAUACUGUCCCUGGCUCGAUGAGAUUGAUGGCCCCCUCUGAUUGAUUCGUUAUAACUUCGUGGUAUGAUAAAGAUAUGCCAUAAUUUAGUCAAGUUAAAGUAGUCUAAUAGAUUUGAGUUUUGGUGCGUGUCCUCUACCAAGGUUUGACUGGAGAAACCAAACACUAUAGCCUGAAGGAAUUACUUUCUGAUAUCCUUCAAAAAUACAAAACUUCACUGAAGAUUUUCAACUAGUUUUUGUGAUUGUAUUCGAGUUUCAUCAGUUGUCAAUUGUACUUGAGGCAGAUGAAUUUAGAUUCUUUAAGAGCUUAUUAUAUUUUGUUGUUGCUAUUAAAGUUUUUAAGGCCCUGGCACGCUGUACUAGUUAGAAUAUUUAAGGACACCUGAGGGAUCUAGUCUAGUGUAAUAGUCCUCUGGAGAUGUUUUAGAUGUGAAAAUUAGAGAAAUGUGCGAGCAUAGUUUGGUUGAAAUGGUGCAAGACUAUGGUUGACUUGAACUGAAAGACGCAGGGGAAUACAUAAAAGAUUUGAGGAAUGAACAGUUAAAAAGACAUACAUACAUUUAAACUUUAAAGGGGAUUCAGUAUAAUAGUGAAAUAUUGUGGACAUAACUUUUCGCACUGGGAUAUUACAAAUUAGUAAAGGUACACGAUUAAAAGUUAGCCAAUCAAGAAGUGAUCUUAGACUGGAUUCAUAUAGUUGUUUAAGUGCACUGAUUUUCAUAAUGGAACUGGAUUACUUCUUGGUGUGACGAAUUUUCAUGUUGAUCCCUAAAUAUUCUACUGUUUUGUACACAACGUAUGGCAUCUGUUUGUAAAUGUAAGGUUGCAAUUGGCUAGUGUUGUUCUUGUCUCCGGUGGUUCUGUUUAGAAUGGUCAUGAGCCAUUAUAAAUUGAACUGUAACCACGGGAGAGUUCUGUUUAGAAUGGUCAUUGCUACUGAAUUUGAAAUGCGAUAUCUUUUGGGGAGAUUUGGUUGACUUCAAUAAUUUUUCUGCAAACACUGUAAGAUCUGUUCAUAUUGUAGUUAUUUUUUUGGUAUGAGAAUGUUUAUUAACCUUUUAAGCUUCUUCUGCAGUUGUUGGAAUUUGACGAGUCUAAAACUUCAAGUAGUCAAGAAGAUGGUGACGGCAAAUUGAGCAAGAAAGUAGAGUAGGUCAAACAACCCUUCAAAGAAGCAAUACCAGAAAAUAGUCCCAGAGGGUUGAUAAGGCGUUAAAACUGUAUCACUCACAAAUUCUCCUGGCAGAAUGUUGUACCAGAUUUUGUGAUUUAGGAUAAAAUCCAAUAGAUGAUUUCUAGGAGGCUUUAUAGUAAGAACUAGUCGAAACCCUUACUUUUCUUAUGGUCAAUUCAAAGGACUUGAAAAAUUAAUUUCUGGAUUUUUAGUUCAAAUUUUUAUUUUUUUUUCACUCGUGUUUUUGCUGGAGAAUAGUAUCAGUUUACAUAUUCAUAAUCAAAGGCAAUAAAGUUACAACUAAAUUGGAGUUGGG